AUGCGGCCAUCCCUAUGCAUGCUUAAGUCGGGGCCGGGACAGAUAUUUAAAUCUUUGGAGAUCCCAGUCCUGGAGCCUGGACAAGUCGAGUAUGACCGUGCAAUUGCGACCUCGAACCGUCUUUUCCGCUUUUCCAGACCGGAUUGCGUGGUUCAGCCUGAAACGGCAAAACAUGUCCAGGCCAUUGUUAGGGAAGCAACAUCAAAGAAUAUUGAUCUCACCAUCAAAUGCAAUGGCUACUCUUAUGCAGGUCAUUCUACCGCCAUGAAAGGUGUCUCGCUUGACCUUCGAAGGAUGAGAAAUGUUAAUCUAGACAUGAAUUCGAAUAUUGUUACUAUGGACGCCGGCUGUCAAUGGGGCCGCGUCUAUGAGACGCUCAUAAAUGGAAGGCACAACGGAUAUAUCAUCAACGGCGGACGCUGUCCUACUGUAGGAGUGAGCGGGUUUAUUCUCGGUGGAGGUCUUGGGCCCUUUACCCGAAGAUUUGGGAUGGGGUGUGAUACCUUAGCUGAAGCGACAGUGGUCACAGCAGAUGGUGGCUUAGUGACAAUUAAAGAAACUGAUGAUAGGAACUCCAAGGAGGCCAAAUUGUUUUGGGAUCUCCAGGGAGCAGGCGGCGGUAAUUUUGGUGUUGUGGUCCAGAUGAAGCUCAAAAUUCAGAAGCUACAGAACCUUGAAGGCACAGUAGUUGCAGGUAGUCAUGCUACAAUGAACGAUUUCUACACCACCGACUGGCCCAAUAGUACUACUAUUGACAGCACCUGGGUUUGUGAUCUCCGUCAAAAUAAGAGGUUGGAUGGAAUUCGGUUCAACGUCUCAUUUGAUGGCAGCAGGCUUAAAUAUGAGAGAUGGUUGGAGGAGACUGAACGAUCUUAUCCAACCAACCAAUCAUAUGAACUUUAUAGCUCUUUUGUAUUCAAGAAUGAUGAUAAAGAAAAGGUUGCAAAAGUCACCAGCACCAUUCGCGAGCUGAUGAAGGAAUUCCGGAAGGAGUUUACUGGAGAAGAAGUCAACUUCCUCGUCACUUGGAUUCAUUCUGGCAGUAAAGCAACAGAAAAGAAUCCCGCUGAUUCGGCCUUCUUCUGGCGUGAAGCCGUGUUUCAUACAUAUGUCUCAGUAGGAUGGAUGGACAAAUGGAUGGAAAAGGAUAUGAGAUUUUUCCUUGCAAAGGUCAAGACAACUCUGAGGCCGCUCUCUCUUAGCGGAGAAGCUGCAUUUGUUAAUUUCCCCGAUUGUGACUUUCCAACAAAAUUUCACGAGAGAGCGUAUUUCGGCGACAAUCGCGAAGAGUUGCGUCUCGUCAAAGAAAUGUGGGAUAAAAACAAGUUGUUCAGAUUUGCCCAAGGUGUUCGUCUGCCUGGAGAUCCGGAGGAAGACCCGGAUGAAGAGAAAGACAAAACUGACCGACUUGCAAAUGAACAAUGGGAAUCCGAUAGAGCUCAAUGGAAACCCUAUAAAACUGGAAAUUUCGAGAAUGGUCUUGACUAUUUGGAGGAUCUGGCAUUUUGAAGAAGUGAGACGAUGAAUUAGCACGGCGAGCAAUGUAGGACACUAUGAC